AUGUUGACGACGGGGUGGGCGGUGUCCGCGUGGCUGUUGCUGCAGUUGUUGCAGCCGCCGCUUGCCGUGCAGGCCGCCGCGGGAUUCGUCGAGUACAAGGUAGGCGUGCUGAUGACCACCAAACUGGACUCGCCGUUCGACCUGGAAAGGUGCGGGCCGGCCGUCGACCUGGCCCUGGACAUGGUCAACAAGAAGUUCCUGGCCCACCACAGGGUACGCCUGAAGAAAGUCGAGAGCAGCUAUCCAUCUUGCUCAGGCGCCCAAGCGCCAGGAUUGGCUGCAAAAAUGUACUUUGUCGAUAAAGUCAUCGCAUUCAUCGGACCAGCGUGCGCUUUCGCGUUGGAACCCGUCGCCAGACUAGCCGCGUUUUGGAAUCUACCGAUCAUAACCGGAAUGGGCGACCAACCACCAGCCGAAGGUCAAGUAUCAGCCAUGUCGGGCAUACUCGGCAAACUACCGAAAUGGAAAAACGACUCUGGCAUUUUUAAAGACAAGUCCGAUUAUCCGACGCUGACGAGAAUGUCAUACUGUCAGCGCAGAUUAAAGCUUGUAUUUCUAAGUAUUUUCAAAAAGUUCAAUUGGAAGCACGUGGCCUUAAUACAAGAUCGUUCGGAUUUGUUUUCUUUGACAGUGGGUAAAAACUUGGAACUCGGUCUUAAAAAAGCUGGUGUUUUGAGUUUUCUACGAGACUUAGACGGCAAUGACGAAGAUCCACAGUGCGAAACCUUAUUAAAAGAGGCAAGCACUCAGGCAACAGUUGUGAUACUAUGCGUGAGGGGAACGUUAGUGCGAAAAUGCAUGUUGGCUGCACACAAGCUCGGGAUGACCAAAGGCGAUUGGGCAUUUUUGGACGUGGAGUUAGUUCAGGGCUCUUAUUGGGGUGAACACGGAUGGUCGGCGGGAGACAGUGAAGAUGGCGCCGCUAGAAAAGCUUACCAAGCACUGUUGCGGGUGUCCCUACUAAAGCCCGCCAGUUCACAAUUUCACAAUUUCUCUAAGCUGGUCAAGCAAAAGGCGCUGGAAAAUUACAACUACACGCUGUCCGAGAGCGAAGAAGUAAAUUUUUUCGUCGGAGCGUUUUACGACGGAGUACAUUUGCUCGGCAUGGCAAUGAACGAAACUCUGACCAACAAACAAAACAUCAAAGACGGCAAGACUAUCACCAGUUUAAUGUGGAAUAGAACGUUCAGCGGUGUCACGGGCCGAGUGAGGAUUGAUGAGAACGGCGACAGAGAUGCGGAUUACGCGAUAUUGGACUUGGACCCGAUCACGGGUAGGUUCGAGGUGGUGGCCAAGUACUACGGGGAGGCAAGGAACUACAGCCCGGUUGUGGGCAAACACAUCCACUGGCCUGGUGGAUCGGACGGACCACCUAAGCAUGUUCCUGUCUGCGGAUUCCUGGGAAACGGACCAACCUGCGACUCUAGAGAUAUUUACUAUAUAAUGUUGUAUGCAUUGAUUGCUUUCUCCGUGUUCAUUUCAUUCGUCACCGUAUUGGCUUUCGUCGUUAACAGACAGCUUAAACUCGCAGCGGAUUUAAACAAUAUGAGUUGGAGAGUACGACCAGAAGAAGUAUUGAUUGAAGUCAGCAAACCUUAUUCAUCUCGCUUGGCUCUACAGAAACCGACUGAGAUAUUCGAACCGGCGUUACAAGAGAAAUUAAUCUGUCGGCGAAGGUCUGACACUUCAAACUCGUCGUUGCCACCGGCACAAGUAUACACCACAGUCGGUAUUUACAAGGGAUCUAGGGUGGCGAUAAAGAAAGUCGUUAAGAAAAAAGUCGACUUGAACAAAAAACUUUUAUGGGAAAUUAAACAAGUACGCGACGUAACACAUGAAAAUACAGUACGUUUCAUUGGCGCGUGUAUCCAUUGUCCUACAGUGCUUAUACUUACCGAAUAUUGCCCGAAAGGGAGUUUGAAAGAUGUCCUGGAAAACGACGCUCUAAGGUUGGAUUGGAACUUUAGAAUGUCACUGAUACACGACAUUGUCAAGGGUAUGGCAUUUUUACACAGUUGUGAAGUGGGUGUACAUGGAAAACUACGAUCCAGCAAUUGCUUAAUCGAUGGACGAUUCGUACUUAAGUUGUCCAACUUUGGACUACGGACGCUCACUACACCUUCGGAAGUUAUACACGAUAGUGUUUACUACCACAAAUUAUUGUGGGUAGCUCCAGAACUUCUUUCCGAACAAACUAAUAGCUUAAUACCAGCUACACAAAAAGGAGACGUUUACAGUUUUGCUAUUGUCUUGGAAGAAAUAGUUGUACGUGGUGGACCUUACGAGUUUGUCAAAAACGACUUAACAACACAAGAAAUUUUGGAAAAAGUCGGGUUGCGCGAAGAACCAUAUUUCCGUCCCGACAUAUCUGGACACGAUUGCCCGGAACCAUUGUCCGAACUUAUACAGAGAUGUUGGAAUGACGUUCCCGAAGAGAGACCCGGCUUCGACAUCAUGCGAAGUAUCGUCCGACAGAUCACGAGGGGAUAUUGCGAAAAUUUAAUGGAUGACUUGGUGCUGAGAAUGGAACAGUACGCAAAUAACUUGGAAGCCCUGGUCGAAGAGAAAACCGACCAGUUGAGCCAAGAAAAACGCCGAUCAGAAGAGUUGUUAUUUCAAGUAUUACCCAGACCAGUUGCUCAACAACUGAUGGCCGGCGAAAUGGUCAAGCCCGAACAAUUUGAAAACGUCACCGUGUACUUUAGCGAUAUCGUUGGCUUCACCGUCCUUUGUGCUCAGAGUUCUCCGAUGCAGGUGGUAAACCUUUUAAACGAUUUGUACAGCACGUUCGACCGGAUCAUUGGGUUCUACGACGUUUAUAAGGUCGAAACAAUCGGGGACGCUUAUAUGGUUGUUUCUGGAUUGCCAGAGAGAAACGGCGACAACCACGCCAAAGAAAUCGCACUCAUGUCUUUAGCUAUUCUAGACGCCGUCCAAAUGUUCACGAUCCAACAUAAGCCCGAUGCUCAACUCAAAGUUCGAAUCGGAAUUCAUACAGGGCCCGUGUGCGCCGGCGUUGUUGGCCAAAAAAUGCCGCACUACUGUCUUUUUGGGGACACCGUUAACACCGCAUCCAGAAUGGAGUCGACUGGAGAACCAUUGAGAAUUCAUGUGAGCUGGGCCACCAAACACAUACUGGACACGUUUCAAACAUUCAAGUUAGAGCUGAGAGGUGAUGUGGAACUAAAGGGUAAAGGAGCAGUGGUCACCUACUGGUUGGUCGGCUGCACCGAACAAGACCCGAGACCACCGACACCGAUUAGCACCGAUACGUUGGACCCCAACAACCCUUACCCCUUGAUAUUCCCCGAGUUGAGCAAAUAG